UGUAUCUACAUAUGUAUUAAUGACAGAAAUGUGGCAUUCCACAAAUAAAAACCUCUGUAUGAGUAUGUUUAAUGGCUGAAAUAUUUUUGGAAUAUUUUGAUUUUAAGUUGCAUUUUUUUACAUAUUUAAUGUUACGGACACUACAAAAUCUGCCUUCAAAUUUUGAUUUGAAAUUUCCAUUGUUUUCAAUAGCAUAUUUCCUUAUAUUUUUUCAUGGUAAAAGCAAUUUUUUUAUUGUGCAAUAUUGCAUCAUCUUUUAACUAUUGGAAAAUACCAAUAAAACGGCUGAUGCAACAAUAUUUGUGAUGAAUUAUUGCAUCAUCCAAAACAACCGCCUUUCUAAGAAAUACAACAGUCCAGCUGUAAUGAUGGAAUCAGCUAAGAAAAUGGCUUAUUUUGGGUAAUAGUCGGUCAGAUUCCAGCAAGAAGUCCUUUCAAAUGGAAAACACUAAAGGUGUUGGUUCCAGUGAUGCUCUAGGUAUGUAUUAUCCUUAUCUAAACAUUCCAUGCUAUGUUACGUAGGGUCCGUAACCAAAACCAUAUGUCUGUACAUGAUGCCCUGAAUUAAUGCAAUUGUCCACAUGAAAUGCACAUGUUGUGAUGCUUAUUUGUUGAAAUUGCCAUGCCCAACAUAUAACAAACUAAAAUGGUCUUAACAGGUUGUUUAAUGGAAAUCCUAUGACAGUAUGACACACAAUUUCAUUUUGUGUAGCCUAUUACGGAGCCGAGAUGAAAUAUUUUUACAUAAAGAUUGGCGUGUAUGCCAAUGAAUACAAUCAGUGUUAUAAUAUACAGAUCACAGACACAGUGGAUACUUGUUAAAUGUACAGAAUUGAAGCUUAAGUAAUAUUUGAUUUGUACUUGUACUCAGGUUACAGACUCUACAAAAUACGGCCACUUGUUUCUAAGUCUACUAAGAGAGCCGAAAAUCAUCACUGCGAUCCCGGAAACUUGAAAAAAAUGCUGAAAUGAAUGCUGAAAAGAAUGAAGACAUAGAAAAGAAGCAAAAGGAGAAAAACAGGCUGAAAGUCAAGGCAUGGAGAAUGCGUCAGAAAACAGAAAACUCCACAAAAUAUUCUGAAAUCUAAAAGAAAGACACAGAAAGAAAGAAGGAAGCUCGAAUGAAAGUGAAACUCAUGGCCAAUUCAGAUCCUGAAUUAAAAGCCUCCUUAAGAAAGAAAAAAGCUGAAGAAAUGAAAAGAUACAGACAGAGAAAAAAGAUGAAAACAACAUGUUCUUCUGAAGAUCCUGGUGUUAAAAAGAGUAAGAAACCGGCUCUGGAAGAAAAAAAGAAAAAAGCUGUGAAGCGAACACAAGCCUGGAGAAUGCGAAUUAAACUUAAGUCUCCUACAAUUCCAAUUGUUAACACAGUUGAUGAAAAUGACAGUCAUGGAGAAAGCAGACAGAACAAAAGUAACUUAUCCCGUGCAACAGUAUACAGACGAGCGCAAAUGGUGAAAGGCAUUCUGCCUAGGACACCAAAGAAGAAAGCCGCCAUUUUAAAGAAGCUUAUUGAGUCACCUUCAACAUCCAAAGUACUUUCUGACCAAGGAGUAACAAUGACACCAGCUUGUAAGAAGAAACUUGAAGUAGCAGAUGCUAUAAUGAAUUCCUUGAAAGAAAGUAUUUCCGAAGUAAACAUUGGUGUUCGAAAAGACAGAGAAAAGAAACAUGCAUAUGAUGUAAUACGUGAAUCAGUACUAAGGAAAUACAAAAAGAUCACAGUUAGUAAAUAUUUCAAUGUGUCUUACAAGACAAGGAAUAUGAGAAAUGAAUGGUGGAAAAAGAAACAGAGAAAAACAAGAUGUGAUGUGAUAAGUGAUCAUGUGAAACAAUCAGUGAAAGAGUUCUACCUGAGUGCUGAAAUUAGCAGAGGUGCCAUCCAAACGUGAUGUUGUUAGAAUCAAAACUCAGACUGUUAUGAAAGAAACACUACAGAAACAUGUGAUGACAAUGACACUAGAAGAAGCACACAAGUUAUACAAAACAAGAAACCCCAAUCAUAAAAUAGAACUUACAUCAUUCAGCAAACUAAAACCAGUUAAUGUAAAGAAAGUGUCCGAGACAAGCAGACGGUCAUGCCUGUGCCAGACUUGUUGUAAUGUAGCCCUGAAAGUAGAAGCACUUACAACAUUGAAACGAGUUGUAAAAGAGACUGACAUGACAGAAGACAUUAAGAUUGAUAAGAAGAGUCUGAGUGAUGCAACAUUCUGCAGCUAUGAACAAGAGCCAUCUUUAAAAUGUGUGUCAAGAAAUUGUGAAAAAUGUGGAGUACAAGGCCUUCAAAAGUAUUUGGCGACUAUGGAAGAAAAGAACAGAGAUGGGAUGGUGUCAUGGUAUCAAUGGGAAAGCAUUGAAAUAAAGAAAUAUGACAAAGUAAAGCGCUGCGUUUCUUGUGUGCCCAAAGAAGCUGAUUUCAAAGUGUUUUUGACAGCUUUAGAGAAAGACAUGAUGGUGUACCCAGAGCAUGCAUUUAGAGCAUCCUGGCAACAGAA